UCGGGUUGCACAGGUGCACCAAACCUGCCAAGGGUCCAGCAGUGGGAAGGGCGGGGUCCAGCGGCGACCUCCCUCUUCCACGCGCCAUGCUCGUGCCUCGGCUGCUGCUGCUGCUGUCCUUUGGGGCACCACUGCUCAGCGCUGACCCCGGGGCUGAAAACACCACGGAUCCCAACCUCGACAGCAGCCUGCACUCCUCUCCAGACAGGGGCUGGUGCUCUACAUGGGGGGCCGGCCACUUCUCCACCUUUGAUGGACACAUGUAUGACUUUGCGGGAACCUGCAACUACAUCUUCGCUGCCAUCUGCAAGGAUGCCUCGGCCACCUUCAGCAUCCAGCUACGGCGAGGACCCAGUGGGAACAUUUCCCGGAUCAUUGUGGAGAUGGGGGCCUCUGUGGUCACUGUGCAGAAGGCGGUCAUCUCCAUCAAGGACGUAGGGGUUGUCAGCCUGCCCUACACCAGCAACGGGCUCCAGAUCACACCCUUCGGCCAGAGCGUGCGGCUGGUAGCCAAGCAGCUGGAGCUGGAACUGGUGGUCAUGUGGGGCCCAGGCGCCUACCUCAUGGUCCUGGUGGAGAAGAAGUACAUGGGCAGGAUGUGCGGGCUGUGUGGCAACUUCGACGGCGAGAAGACCAACGAGUUUGUGAGCGAGAACGGCAAACUCCUGGAACCCCACAAGUACGCCGCCCUCCAGAAGCUGGAUGACCCCAACGAGAUCUGUGCCUACGAGGCCAUCCCCCAUCCCCAGGUCCUGCAGGCAAAGCAUGCCCAGACUUGCAGCCAGUUGCUGACCCUGGUGUCCUCCGAGUGCAACGUGCCCAAGGAGCCAUUCGUGUUGAGCUGCCAGGCGGACAUGGCCACAUGCGCCCAGCCAGGCCAGCAGAACUGCAGCUGUGCCACACUGUCUGAGUACUCACGCCAGUGCAGCAUGGCUGGCCAGCCUGUCAACAGCUGGCGGGGGCCUGGCCUCUGCUCUGUGGGCCAGUGCCCAGCCAACCAGGUGUACCAGGAGUGCGGCGAGGCCUGUGUCAAGACCUGCUCCAACCCGCAGCACAGCUGCUCCAGCUUCUGCACCUUUGGCUGCUUCUGCCCAGAAGGUAUGGUUCUUGAUGACACCUCCAAAAACUACACCUGUGUGCCGGUCACCCAGUGCCCCUGCAAGCUCAGUGGGGUGGCCUACGCCCCCGGGGAGGUCACCAUAGCCGCCUGCCAGACUUGUCAGUGCACCAUGGGCCACUGGGAGUGCUCAGAGCGGUCCUGCCCGCGAAGCUGCUCCCUGGAAGGUGGCUCCUUCGUCACCACAUUCGACGCCAGGCACUACCGCUUCCACGGCACCUGCACCUACAUCCUCGUGCAGAGCCCUGAGCUCCCUGAUGGAGGCUCCCUCAUGGCCACAUAUGACAAGUCUGGGUACUCACACUCUGAGACCUCCCUGGUCGCUGUCAUCUACAUGUCCAGCCAGGACAAAAUCGUGAUUUCUCAGGACGAGGUGAUCACCAACAAUGGAGACACCAAGUGGCUGCCGUACAAGACUCGCAAUAUCACAGUCUUCAGGCAGACGUCCACCCACCUGCAGAUGGCCACCACCUUCGGGCUGGAGCUGCUGAUUCAGCUACAGCCUGUGUUCCAGGUGUACAUCACUGUCGGGCCCCAAUUCAGAGGCCAGACCCGAGGGCUCUGUGGCAACUUCAACGGGGACACGACAGACGACUUCACAACCAGCAUGGGCAUCGCCGAGGGCACCGCCUCACUCUUUGUGGACUCCUGGCGGGCUGGGAACUGCCCGGCCGCGCUGGAGCGCGAGACCGACCCCUGCUCCAUGAGCCAGCUCAACAAGGUGUGUGCGGAGACCCACUGCUCGGUGCUGGUGAAGACGGACACAGUGUUCGAGAAGUGCCACACCACGGUGGACCCCAAGCCCUUCUACAAGAGGUGCGUGUACGAGGCCUGCAACUACGAGGAGACCUUCCCGCACAUCUGUGCCGCCCUGGGUGACUACGCCCACACGUGCGCCUCGCGGGGCGUCUUGCUCUGGGGCUGGAGAAGCAGCGUGGACAACUGCACCAUUCCCUGCACGGGCAACCAGACGUUCAGCUACGACAGCCGGGCCUGCAACCGCACGUGCCUGUCAUUAUCCGAUCACACGGCCGAGUGUCACCCCAGCGCCAUGCCCGUGGACGGCUGCAACUGCCCCGAGGGCACCUACCUGAACCACAAGGCCGAGUGUGUGCGCAAGGCCCAGUGCCCCUGCCUCCUGGACAACUACAAGUUCGUCCUGGCCGACCAGUCUACCAUGGUCAACGGCAUCAUCUGCUACUGCAUCAACGGACGGCUGAAGUGCCCAGGGCGUUCGCUGACGCUUUUGGAAUCCUGCUCGGCCCCCAAGACAUUCCAGGCCUGCAGCCAGUCCUCGGAGAACAAGUUUGGGGCAGCCUGUGCCCCCACGUGUCAGAUGCUGGCCACUGGCAUCCCCUGCGUGCCCACCAAGUGCGAACCCGGCUGUGUCUGUGCCGAGGGCCUCUAUGAGGACGCCAAUGGGCAGUGUGUGCCCCCGGAGGAGUGCCCGUGUGAGUUUGCGGGGGUCUCCUACCCCCUGGGUGCCGAGCUCAACACGGACUGUAAGACCUGUACCUGCUCGAGGGGGAAGUGGACAUGCCAGCAGAGUGCCCAGUGUUCGUCCACCUGCACCCUCUACGGGGAGGGCCACAUGGUCACCUUUGACGGGCAGCGCUUCGUGUUCGACGGCGACUGCGAGUACAUCCUGGCCACGGAUGGCUGUGGCGCCAAUGACUCGCAGCCCACCUUCAAGAUCCUGACGGAGAAUGUGGUGUGUGGGAAGUUGGGCGUCACCUGCUCCCGGGCCAUCAAGAUCUUCCUGGGGGGCCUGUCCAUUGUACUGGAGGACAAGAACUACACGGUCAGUGGGGAGGAGGACCCCCAUGUGCACUUCCGGGUGAAGGCCAGCUCCCUGAACCUGAUGCUGGACGUCACCAUCAGCAGCAAGUAUAAUCUGACCCUCAUCUGGAACAAGCACAUGACUGUCUUCAUCAAGAUCGCACGCUCCUCCCAGGACGCUCUCUGCGGCUUGUGUGGCAACUACAACGGGAACAUGAAGGACGACUUUGAGACACGCAGUAAGUACGUGGCAUCCAGUGAGCUGGAGUUUGUGAACUCGUGGAAGGAGAACCCGCUGUGUGGGGACGCCACCUUCGUGGUGGACCCCUGCAGUCUCAACACCUUCCGCCGCUCCUGGGCUGAGCGCAAGUGCAGCAUCAUCAACAGCCAGACCUUCGCAGCCUGCCACAACCAGGUGUACCACCUGCCUUACUAUGAGGCCUGCGUAAGUGACACAUGCGCGUGUGACACCGGAGGGGACUGCGAGUGCCUGUGCGAUGCUGUGGCCGCCUACGCCAAGGCCUGCCUGGACAAGGGCGUGUGUGUGGACUGGAGAGCCCCCGACUUUUGCCCCGUCUACUGCGACUUCUACAAUACCCACACGCAGGUGGGCAGCGGCGAGUACCAGUACACCCAGGAGGCCAACUGCACGUGGCACUACCAGCCGUGCCUCUGCCCAGGGUGGCCACAGAGCAUCCCAGACAACAUUGAAGGCUGCUACAACUGCUCCCAGGACGAGUACUUCGACCACGACGAGGGGACGUGCCUGCCAUGCAUGCCGCCGACCACGACGUCUCCACCGCCCACUACAGGUUCACCCUCCACAGGAACCAGGACCACCACGGCCACCCCCAGCACCACGGAGACCCCCAGGAUCACUGGGCUCCUCAGCUCCACCGGACCCUCACCAAGCUCCCCAGCCACACCUGUGGCCCCCACCCAGACCUCUCGCCUUCCGGCCACAGCCACAGCCCCCACCUCCACACAGGCAGCAACAGCCCCAACCACCCAGACAGAACCAACAGUCUCCUCAGGUGUGUCACCUCGAACUACCUCUGCUGUCACCACGCGGGCCACAUCAGCGACAGCACCCACAGCCACUCCCAGGUCAACGUCCACAGGACCCACUGUGACCCAUGCGACAACACAGCACACAGCAUCACCCCUCAGCACGACCACGCAAUCCACAGCUCAGUACACAGUGCGCACCACAGCAGCACCAGCAAGCCCAGCAACACCAGGGACCUCCAAGGGACCCCCAACAACGACAGCUUCGGAGCUCCGAUCCACCACGGCUGCCUCCUCCCCAGCAUCCUCCACAACCGAAUGGACCCGGAGCACAGCUGUCAGCCAGAACACAGAGCACACUGACAGGCCGCCAAACGGUCAUACCAGCACAAGCCCCAGCACACGCUCAAGCACCCAGCACACCACCCCGCUAACAUCACCAGGCACGAGGGCACACACCACAAGUGAAGAGAGCACACCAACAGCACACACCCUCAGCACUCCCCACACUGUCUUCACCACUCACUUCUCCCCACCGACCGUCUCCCUCUCCUCCACCGCCCACACCACAGGGCCGCCCACGGGGACAUCCUUCCGGACCACCAGCACCUCCCCGACCCCAUCACGCCCCGAGACCACUCUGCCCACUCAGGUUCCAACAUCUGCCACCUCCUCGGUCACGCCAACUUCCCACCGAGUCAUCACCCCAACCCAACCAGAAACCCAGUCUUCUGCAGCCUCUCAAACGCCCACGGCCAAGCCUCCUCCGUCUUCCCAUGUCCCCCCGACAGCCACAGCGCCCACACCCACACCCACAUCCUCACCCGUGACACUGACCACAACGCGGACCACCCAAGCCCCCACCUCGCUCAGCACGGCCAAAACCUCCCCUUCCCCCGGGUCACACCCCUCCUCCACUGCCCGCCCUGAGACCACCUCGGCCCCACACACCACCCUGUCCCCCAAGCCCGCCACCACAGGCACUGCCACCCCCCCGACACACACCGCCACGGCCACCCCCACCGCCACCGCCAGCAGGCCCCACACUCCCUUCACCACUCACUCCUCCCCACCGACCGUCUCCCUCUCCUCCACCGCCCACACCACAGGGCCGCCCACGGGGACAUCCUUCCGGACCACCAGCACCUCCCCGACCCCAUCACGCCCCGAGACCACUCUGCCCACUCAGGUUCCAACAUCUGCCACCUCCUCGGUCACGCCAACUUCCCACCGAGUCAUCACCCCAACCCAACCAGAAACCCAGUCUUCUGCAGCCUCUCAAACGCCCACGGCCACCCCUCCUCCGUCUUCCCACGUCCCCCCGACAGCCACAGCGCCCACACCCACACCCACAUCCUCACCCGUGACACUGACCACAACGCGGACCACCCAAGCCCCCACCUCGCUCAGCACGGCCAAAACCUCCCCUUCCCCCGGGUCACACCCCUCCUCCACUGCCCGCCCUGAGACCACCUCGGCCCCACACACCACCCUGUCCCCCAAGCCCGCCACCACAGGCACUGCCACCCCCGCGACACACACCGCCACGGCCACCCCCACCGCCACCGCCAGCAGGCCCCACACUCCCUUCACCACUCACUCCUCCCCACCGACCGUCUCCCUCUCCUCCACCGCCCACACCACAGGGCCGCCCACGGGGACAUCCUUCCGGACCACCAGCACCUCCCCGACCCCAUCACGCCCCGAGACCACUCUGCCCACUCAGGUUCCAACAUCUGCCACCUCCUCGGUCACGCCAACUUCCCACCGAGUCAUCACCCCAACCCAACCAGAAACCCAGUCUUCUGCAGCCUCUCAAACGCCCACGGCCACCCCUCCUCCGUCUUCCCACGUCCCCCCGACAGCCACAGCGCCCACACCCACAGCCGCCCGCGUGACACUGACCACAACGCGGACCACCCAAGCCCCCACCUCGCUCAGCACGGCCAAAACCUCCCCUUCCCCCGGGUCACACCCCUCCUCCACUGCCCGCCCUGAGACCACCUCGGCCCCACACACCACCCUGUCCCCCAAGCCCGCCACCACAGGCACUGCCACCCCCGCGACACACACCGCCACGGCCACCCCCACCGCCACCGCCAGCAGGCCCCACACUCCCUUCACCACUCACUCCUCCCCACCGACCGUCUCCCUCUCCUCCACCGCCCACACCACAGGGCCGCCCACGGGGACAUCCUUCCGGACCACCAGCACCUCCCCGACCCCAUCACGCCCCGAGACCACUCUGCCCACUCAGGUUCCCACAUCUGCCACCUCCUCGGUCACGCCAACUUCCCACCGAGUCAUCACCCCAACCCAACCAGAAACCCAGUUUUCUAGUUCUGUUCCACCUCCAUUCAGUCCUACUUUUCAUGUGUCUUCUCUGUCCUCCACACCAACUCUCCAUGUCUCUACCCAUCCCCCUGUUGUGUCCACUUCUACUACCACAGCCCCUUUGCCGACACCCAUGUUCACACCUAGUACCCACUUCCCCUCCACCUUGUCUUCUCUUUCUACCACUGCACAGUCUACCUCUCUCACCACGCAACCUCCCACUGCUCCCCUCAUGUCAUCCACUCUGGGAGUUACACCCAUCCCGAGUUCCCCAGCCACCAACCUCACCACUCGACAGCUCAGUACCAGUAGCCUGCUGAGUACUGUCUUCCUGACCAGCUCUUUCACUGUGCAUGGAAGCUCUUCCUUUCCCACUGAGGCGUCCUUCUCCACCAGGGCCCCUUCCGUCUCUUCUCUCAUCACAUCUCCACCCAUCUCUCCCGGAGUCUGCAGCGUGAGGGAGCUCGAGGAGGAGGUCACUUACCAGGGAUGCAAAGCCAACGUGACAGUGACCCGCUGCGAGGGCUUCUGUGCCUCCUCGGCCAGCUUCAACACUGACACCAAGCAAGUGGACACGCACUGUAGCUGCUGCCAUCCCGUUGGCUCCUAUGAGAAGCAGGUGGUGCUGCCCUGCCCAGAUCCUGGAGCGCAGGGACAGCAGCUGGUUUUCACGCUACAGGUGUUCAGCAGCUGUGCGUGCCAGCCCCAGCACUGCGAAGACUAGAGGCCCGGCCCCCAGUGGGUGUGAGGACGAAGCACUGCUCCUGACACCUCCCCCGGCCGGCAGCCCCUUUCCUGGCCAUAGGCCCAGCCUCAGACACAGCUCACUGGGGCACCUGCCAGGAGAGGGGCUGCCAGACAGAAGUCCCGCAGCCCCUGACCAGGCCCAGUGGGUUACACAGGGGCACUUCCGGCCACGCCCAUCGAUUGUCUGCACAGCCUCCAGGCUUUGAGGGCAGCUGCCCGAACCGAACCCUGGAGAUGGCCCAAGGAGCAGAUGCCAGGGUGAGGGUGGCCAGGAAGGUCACUCCACAGGGAGCACCUUGGGGAGGUGCGGACGGGUCAUGAGGCUGGCAGCACCAGGCAGGAAUGGGCGGGGAAGAGGCAUAGGUCAGCAGCAAAGACGGCAGCGAGCAGAGGAACCACACAGUCAGGGAAGGGAGAGUGACGCAGGGCCAGAGGGCAGACGCAGGUGCCGGCCAGCAGAAACACCCACUCGCCAGCCGAGCUCAGCCUGGGAAGGGGGUGUCACACCUGUGUGCACAAUAAGCUCAACGUGAACAGAUGACAAAUAAACUAGCACUGGUCAAGCACA